AUGAAGAUUACUUUACUAUCUGCGUGCCUAUAUACCACAACUUUGGUUAGGCUGUUAGGCUUAACUUCUGCUGCGGUUCUUCCUCGCUCAGAUGCCGACACCAUUGCCAACUUUGGGAGGAUAGGCAUCUGUCUCUCAUACCUCGGAGCUGGAAACACAGAGAAAGAGCUUGCCCCGUGUAAAAUCUUUUGUCCCGCGCAAAAUCCGGGAUCAGACCCAAACGCCGUUGGUUGCAAAGGUCCAGAUGUACCUACAGACAAGUUAGAUCCCAGCACGAUAGACAAGGACGACGACGGGAACGAAUUUACGCCGGGCGAGUGUAUUUGCGACCUCUCAGGAGCCGUUGCAUUCCUGGAUGUGGUUAUUCAGGGACUUUCGAAGCUGGACAACGUGAUAUGCGCCGUAGUGCUAUCGGCCGUGACGACCCUCGUCGAGGAAGGCCUCGACGCGGUACCUGGAGGCGCAUCUGUGACCGCGGUCCAGAAAGCCGUCGAAGGUGCUAAGACAUUCGUGGAGAAUGGACUUGAUGCUAUCUCAUUCUUCAGUGAUUAUAUUGGAGAGGCGUGCGGUGUUUCUGACUUCAGCUUCAACUUGGACGAUGUAUUCCAGGGCUUGAGUGAUGCUCCGGACUCUCUAGGCAUGAGCAAGGGCUGCUUUAGACAGAACAAGAGUUGCCAGAAACCUUGA